CCUUCAAAGAUUAUACCUGAGGAUCUACUCCCAAGUCAUUUUUGCAUGUCUACUACAAAAGGAUACCUUCAUAGAAGCUUCUUCCUUUUUGGCGUUCCAAAGCUGGACUCAGGUUCAAGGCCUUCUUUAUGCAGAAUCUUUGAAGUGCUGAGCUCACUGGGCCACCUGAGAGAGAGCCUGGGCCCCAGCAUGGCUUCCUCCUGGGAACUACUUAUGCUUCUUUUUGUCGCAGGAUGUCUCUCAGAAUAUUCUGGAGCUCUCCCUAAUCUCCCAACUUCCUUUGCUGCUUUACUAAGAAUUAAGAAGAGCUCAUCUUCAUCCCUCUUUGGUGCAAAGUCCCGGACAAGAUACAGUAAUCCAUCAUUAGGAACACUGAGUGUUUCUCCACCUAGCUGGCGAGGCACAGCUCAGCAUUAUCAUUCUCCCAUCAAUCUUUAUCAUUCCUCAGAUGCCUUCAAACAAGAUGAAAGUGUGGACUAUGGGCCGGUGUUUGUGCAAGAACCAGAUGAUAUCAUAUUCCCAACUGACUCAGAGGAGAAGAAAAUAGCCCUGAAUUGUGAAGCCCGGGGCAAUCCUGUUCCCAAUUACAGAUGGCUUCGAAAUGGAACAGAAAUAGAUUUGGAAAGUGAUUAUCGCUACAGUUUGAUCGUCGGCAGCUUCAUUAUCAGCAAUCCAAGCGAAGCAAAGGAUUCUGGGCACUACCAGUGUCUGGCUGCCAACACUUUCGGCAGCAUCCUUAGUAGAGAGGCCCUGCUGCAAUUUGCCUAUCUGGGCAAUUUUAGUGGCCGGACAAGAAGUGCCGUGUCGGUGAGGGAAGGCCAGGGGGUUGUUCUGAUGUGCUCUCCUCCGCCGCAUUCGCCAGAGAUCAUCUAUAGCUGGGUCUUUAAUGAGUUCCCUUCUUUUGUGGCCGAAGACAGCCGGAGGUUCAUCUCCCAGGAGACAGGCAACCUUUAUAUUUCCAAAGUCCAAACAUCUGAUGUUGGCAGUUAUAUCUGUCUGGUGAAGAAUACAGUGACAAAUGCCCGAGUCUUGAGUCCCCCAACACCACUCACUCUGCGUCACGAUGGUGUGAUGGGAGAAUAUGAGCCGAAAAUUGAAGUCCAUUUUCCUUUAACGGUUACAGCUGCUAAGGGAACAACUGUUAAGAUGGAAUGCUUUGCACUUGGCAACCCAGUUCCAACAAUUACCUGGCUGAAGGUUGGUGGUUAUAUUCCUGGCAAGGCCCGUCUGCGCAAAUCCCAGGCUGUGCUAGAAAUUCCCAACAUUCAACUGGAGGACUCAGGCAUCUAUGAAUGCAGGGCUGAAAACACACGUGGGAAGAACUCCUUCCGUGGACAGUUACAAGUAUACACUUACCCGCACUGGCUGGAAAGAUUGAACGACACACAAUUGGACAGCGGGAGCCCUCUGCGCUGGGAGUGCAAGGCCACUGGGAAGCCGCCGCCCACCUACCGCUGGCUGCGAAAUGGAGCCCCUCUCCAACUGCAGAAUAGGGUUGAGAUGGUUAAUGGAGUAUUGAUGAUAUCCAGUGUGAACCAAUCGGAUGCUGGCAUGUAUCAGUGUUUGGCUGAAAAUAAAUAUGGAGCCAUUUAUGCAAGUGCUGAGCUGAGGAUUCUAGCUUCAGUUCCCUCUUUUGCACUGAAUCAACUGAAGAGAACAAUCAUAGUUACCAAAGGCCAAGAAGUCACCAUCGAGUGCAGGCCCCAGGGCUCCCCUAAGCCAACCAUCUCUUGGAAGAAGGGAGAUAAACCAGUCAGAGAGAAUAAAAGAAUAGCUAUUCUUCCAGACGGGAGUCUGCGGAUCCUAAAUGCUUCUAAAUCAGAUGAGGGAAAGUACAUUUGCCGAGGGGAAAAUGUCUUUGGUUCCGCUGAAAUCAUAGCUUCAGUAUCUGUGAAAGAACCUACAAGGUUAGAACUUACUCCAAAAAGAACAGAGUUAACAGUGGGAGAAAGCAUUGUCCUCAACUGCAAAGCAGUUCACGACUCUAGUCUGGAUGUUACCUUCUCCUGGACACUGAAAGGACAGCCGAUUGAUUUCGAGAAAGAAGGGGGACAUUUCGAAAGCAUCAGGGCACAAGCAUCCUCUGCAGAUUUAAUGAUCAGGAACAUCCUUCUGAUGCAUGCUGGGAGAUAUGGCUGCAGGGUACAGACCACAGCAGACAGUGUGUCAGAUGAGGCAGAACUUCUUGUUAGGGGUCCCCCUGGCCCUCCAGGGGUAGUGAUUGUGGAGGAGAUCACUGAGACCACGGCCACACUGUCCUGGGGUCCUGCUGCUGACAAUCACAGUCCUGUAUCCUCCUACAAUCUGCAGGCUCGAAGCCCCUUCUCCCUGGGCUGGCAGACAGUGAAGACAGUACCAGAAAUCAUCACAGGAGACAUGGAAUCGGCCAUGGCAGUGGACCUGAACCCGUGGGUAGAAUACGAAUUCCGAGUUGUGGCCACCAAUCCCAUUGGUACAGGCGACCCCAGCACUCCUUCCCGCAUGAUUCGUACAAAUGAAGCAGUGCCAAAGACGGCGCCCACCAAUGUCAGCGGGAGAAGUGGGAGAAGGCAUGAGCUGGUCAUCGCCUGGGAGCCAGUCUCUGAAGAGUUUCAGAAUGGGGAAGGUUUUGGCUACAUCGUAGCCUUCAGACCAAAUGGAACAAGGGGCUGGAAAGAGAAAAUGGUGACAUCCUCAGAAGCAUCCAAGUUCAUCUACCGGGAUGAGAGUGUCCCUCCUCUGACGCCCUUUGAGGUGAAAGUUGGUGUUUACAACAAUAAAGGGGAUGGACCUUUCAGUCCAAUCGUGGUCAUCUGCUCAGCUGAAGGAGAACCCAGCACCGCUCCCACGGAUGUGCGGGCCACCAGUGUGUCUGUGUCGGAGAUUCUGGUUGCAUGGAAACAUCUGAAAGAGAGUCUGGGGAGACCGCAGGGAUUUGAGGUUGGUUAUCGCAAAGACAUGGAUGAAGAAGAUGCCACAGAAGCCGUCAAGACCAGAGGGAAUGAGUCAUCCAUCAUCCUGACGGGAUUAGAAGGAAACACGCUCUAUCACUUCACAGUGAGGGCUUAUAACGGAGCUGGAUAUGGGCCACCAAGCGCUGAAGUGAGUGCAGCCACCAAGAAAUCCCCCCCCAGUCAAGCACCUGGCAACCUUCGGUGGGAGCAGCAAGGCUCGGAGCUCUCUCUGGGCUGGGAACCUGUCCAGCCACUGGUCAAUGAGUCGGAGGUCAUGGGUUACAAGGUGUUUUAUAGGCAAGAAGGCCACGGCAGCAGUCAAGUCAUCGAAACGCACAAACCACAGGCCGUGGUGCCUCUCCCUGAUGCUGGAGUCUACAUCAUUGAGGUGCGAGCAUACAGUGAAGGAGGAGAUGGGACAGCCAGCGCCCAGAUCAGGGUGCCCUCCUCUUCAGGUGGGAAAAUCACAAGUGCUCAGUCGACCCUUCACAGCCUCUCCACAGCUUCAUCAUCAGUGACGUUGCUCUUGGCAUUAAUGAUUCCUUCCACCCCAUGGUGAACACGGCAGAUUUCAUUCGCUUUGCUUUGCUUUAGCCUGAUAACAGCAGUGAGUAGAGUGUAGUGUAAGUGGAGACUCCGGUCCCCGAGACGAGCUUCCAACCAGGGGACUACACGCGGCGCACGUACAAGCAUUUGGGGGACUCUCCAUCAGGUUUCUCUUUCAUCCUUGAGAAAGGAGAGGACAGUGGCUUGUCCAACAACAAAAAAAAAAUAUGCAGAUUGUAUGUAAUGAACUUUUGUAAGCAAAUGUAAUUUCUUUCAAAUGUAUUCUUUACUUUUUUAAUCAGUUGGAGUUUGGUUUUCUAUCUAAUAACGCCGAGUGUGUGCUGUCCGUUGACUACCUGAGUGGUCUCUAGCAAUUCUGUCUUGAACACAAAUACAGAACUGAGAGUGAUGUUUGCUUCUGCCUCCGAGUCUAGUGUUUUCCAUCUUUCCUGCAGCUGAUUACUCCAGUUGACAAACGAGCAAGAGACAUGGAAAGUGCUUCCUUAGUGUGGCCCAUUAGAGGAUAAAUACCCACCCACCCCCCCGAAAAAAUUUCUCCCAAAGUAUUGUCUGAUCGCAUAGUGAAAUAGCGAACUGUGUGUAUGCUAUUCUAUAUGCACCCUAGAGCAGUUAUUAGAGUAGGGAAUAAGCCAUGUGCAUUAGUGUGAGGUAACUAGAAGGUGAGUCCAAAUGAAUUUUAAGUGCUAUUGUUUCUCAGCAAGUACUGUGUUAUCUAGAAGCAGCAAAAGCAGUCAAUGUAAAUGUCUAUGUUUAUUAGCAAAAGACAGUGUAAAUUCACAAAAAAAAUUUAUAAAUGUCAAUGUAAAAAAUUUGAAACACUAAUCUGCUGCCAAGGGUGCAAACCUGAAAACAAAAUAGGCUGGCCCAGAGCUUUUCCAUUGCUCCAGUAACUGCCAAAACUAAAACCAAGCGAGGUCCAAGGUUUUCUUCUAACUGCAAAUAAUUUUAAAGACAAUGAAAAUUUGUUGUGCAAAUAAUUAUGCAUACAUAUAGUCUGUGGAUUAAAAAUGGUUCAUGCAUAACAAAUUUUUAAUUUUUAGAUAGUUUCAUGCCUCACAUGCCACUUCUAAAAUCUUACCAAUUGUUACAGAGCACCAGUUAGAGAAAUGAAAUUUUUUUGAGCCAGCUGUGGCCAUGUGGCCUGGAUACAGGGGGCUCAGCUAGACUAACCAGCUGUAGACUGAUUGGGAGCUGAUCCACAUCUGCUAUGAUGAGAAGUCAACUAAAACCUAAAGCAAUGGUUUCUGGAGAGUGAGAUAAAAGGACUCUUUAAACAUUAUCUUAUAGAAGUUCUUGCAACUAUGACAAAGUGCCAGAGUUCACGUUACACCCGAGAAGAUGCCUAAAUGGACAGUUACUGCAAAGUCAUAUGCCAAAAAUGAGCCUGGGGAAACUACAGUUUGACAGGUGAUGUUAAUAAAAGAACAAAAAGUAGGAAUUUUUUUUCUUUAAAUAAAAUCUAAGCCUGUUAAUUCUACUUCUUUAACAGCAGGCAAAAUGAAGCAAUAUUCAGCUCAGCCUGCUGGUCUAGAAGUCCAUUUUUGUAGAAGCAGAGAAGAGUUGUUUCUGUCCUGAACAUCUUGAAUGAUUGGUUUCAGAGACACAGCCCAACUACUUAUGAUCAUUAUUCAUUCUCUUUGGGGACUUAGGUCCAAGACACCCCUAAACAAACUAGAGUGCGCUAAAAGACUAUUUUAGUUAACAGAUUAUUAUAGUAAAUUACUACAGAUGGUUGAUUUUGAAGCCUAUGAAUAAGAAUGACCAAGUGGCCUUCCUUGAGCACCUCCUUUGUCACGGGAGAGGCUGGACUUUGCGGAGAGAGUGAUUCUAACGAUUUACAAAGGAUGAUCACCAUCUCUCAAGUAUGGUCCGUAGCUUGCAGGAGCGGAUUAUGCAUCUGGGGAAAAGCAGCAAGAAUAUUUUUCAACGGGCAAUAAUUUUUACUUCCUAUUCGAUGAAAUCAAACCAUAGUCUUCAUUUCCCAUGUCAUUUUAUACUAGACUUACUGAAAGAUUCUAAAAUCAAAUUAUUACUGACAUUAUUAUAAAAAUGAAGCUUCAUGAGAUACAAGGUCAAUAGAUGGUGAGUUUGAAUCAAUUAAUAUUUCCAACUAACUAAUGCAAAGGAUCUACCAGACAGAAUAUUUGUAGGAAGUCUGUUAUCUUCUUACAGGAAUCAAGAGAUGGAAGAUGUUACUGUUCUACCAUGCACAGACUGUAUUUUGCAUCAUAAACCUCUUUUCAAACAACUGGUUUUAAAUGUUUAUGUACUUAUUAUAUGCCACAUAUUUGUUACUUUGAAGAAAGCUGAAAUGCAUUCCUAGUCAAGGUUCAUGCAUUAUAUUUCAGCUAUAGCACUAAGUAAGCAUUUGUCCUGGAUGGAAUAGUAAUCACACAGUCUUAAGCCACUAAAGAGACUGUAUUUUUAUAUAAUGUCAAUGGAACUAUAAAGAAAAGAGACUCCUCAUAAUUACAAAUGUCAUGAAAUUGAAUGUUUUGCAUAUCCAGAUGAAGGUAAAGUGGACAACCCUCCCCCCAUCAAACUGUUCAAUAUAUUGUAUACAAUCUGUACAUAACCUACAUAUAAUGGAAUAUACAGUGUGGAAGGCACAGUCAGAUAAUAGUUCUGUGUACUGUUCUUGUAAUAUUAGAUCUUUUUAAUAAAUAAUUCUCUUUUUAUUGACUUUUA